UUCAGCAGGCAGCAACAUGAAUUACAGGUCCAGAUUCUGCAUAUCAGCCGCAGUGUUGAGCCUGACCCUGCUUGUGUUACUUUACUCUGUGGCUAAACAGGAGGAUGAAAUACCUUAUGGUUUGCAGAUGACAACGUAAUAACUGAUGUUGGGAUCCCUCACAUGGGAGGGAUAAUAUGAAGCUGGAUCUUAUAAAUAGGUCACUCUGGGGAGGAAGUGUCGGUGCUGUGUGUCUGUGGUGUCACAAGACUUAUUCAGCAGGCAGCAACAUGAAUUACAGAUCCAGAUUCUGCAUAUCAGCCGCAGUGUUGAGCCUGACCCUGCUUGUGUUACUUUACUCUGUGGCUAAACAGGAGGUCUGGCCUUAUCCAGUGAAAACGGCACCGCAACAUCUUUACAAACUGGAUGUUGGCUGGCCUAGGAAUCCUGACUAUUUUACUGGUGUGCCCUAUGAUAUUGCUGUAGACAGCCUCAACUCACUGAUCUAUGUAGCUCAGAGAGGGGACAAUGUACCCAAAGUUCUGGUGUUCACAGAGGAUGGAUAUUACAAAGAGCCCUGGAAUACUGACACGCUGGAGAUGCCUCAUGGUAUAUUUGCAGUGACUGGUCCUGAGUCCCAACGGUCAAUAUGGAUAACAGAUGUGGGGCAAGGAGCUUAUGGACACACUGUAAAGCAAUACACACCAUCUGGGGAUCUACUUAAAGUCCUUGGCACACCUGGUAUAGCAGGAUCAAGCCUGAGUCCACUUCAGUUUGAUCAACCUGCAGCCAUUUUUGUUGAUGGAACUAAUGUGUACAUAGUGGAUGGAGAUGGAGGGCUUAACAACCGUCUUCUCAAGCUUUCUAAAGAUUUCAGCCUGCAGUGGACUAUGGGAAGUAAUGGAACACACCCAGGGCAAUUCUACAUCCCUCACCAUGUUGUAGUAGAUGACGUGGGACGUGUGUGGGUGGCAGAUCGCGGGAAUAAGAGAAUACAGGUGUUUGAUAAUAUCACAGGAGAAUGGAUCGGAUCAUGGGACACCUGUUUUUCUGAAGACGGACCCUACUCAGUCAGAUUUACGUCAGACAGGAAGUAUGUGGUGGUGGCCCAACUGAAUAUAAGCAGACUGAUGUUCUUGGCUGUUCCUGCAGUAGGGAGCAUUGGAGACUGCCAGGUUGUGAGCACCAUCCAGAUGGCCGAUGGGGUCCGACCUCAUCUUGUAGAUGUCAAUAGAAAAACUGGCUCAAUAUACGUUGCAGAACUUGGUGCUUUACAAGUGCAAAAAUAUGUACCCAUAUGAAAUGAAAAUCAAUGAAUAACUGCACUGUAAUAUAAUUACGGAAUUUAAUAUAUAUAAAAUUUCUGGUGAAAUGUACAAGUUAUCAUGGGUGGCAAGGGUCCCUCAAUUUCAGGGAGCGUCCCCAAUCUUUAUUUUAUUCCCUAGAUAUGUACUCUGUAUAGAAUUACUUGUUCUGCAUACUGGCUGUACAUCUCGGAAUCUUUCAAUGUUCAUAUUCAAUUUGCAUAUCCAAUAUAUGAAACUUUUGGGACAUUGUGA